GCGAAAGCUCGAAUCGGGAAAAUAUCGCAGAGGGGGAGAUUUGCGAUGGAGGAUCUGUGGAAGAGAGCGAAAAGCUUCGCGGAGGAAGCAGCGAAGAAGUCUCAAACCCUAACCCUACCUUCUUCUUCGACGACCUUCGCCAAUCUCGUGGCCGAGACCGCGAAGAAAUCCAAGGAGCUCGCUCUCGAAGCCUCGAAGAAAGCGGAAAAUAUCAAGGUCUCCGAUCUCGUCGCAGAGACCGCGAAGAAGUCGAAGGAAUUCGCCGUCGAAGCUUCUAAGAAAGCGGAUCAGCUCAAAGUCGCGGCAUUGAAACAAGCCGAUCAGAUCCAGAACAUCAGGUCGAUCGCCGACAUUAUCCCUCCUCAGCUUGCCUCCUUCGGAUCUGGGUCUGCGGUCUCGGACUCGGAGCUUCUCAGGUUCGGCAUUACGGAUGAUCUUCGGGAGUUUGUCAAAGGACUGACCUCAGCGACGUUCCAGGCAUUUCCUGUCCAAGAUGUAGAUGAACAAGAACCGGAAGUUCCUGAUGUGCCGGCAGCCCCGUCGAAUAUCCGGAAGGAUCUCUCGGAGUGGCAGGAGAGACAUGCCACGCUUGUUCUCGCCACUGUUAAGCAAAUCUCGAAGUUGAGAUAUGAAUUGUGUCCUCGGGUCAUGAAAGAAAGGAGGUUCUGGAGGAUAUACUUUACACUAGUGAGCACUCAUGUGUCACCGUAUGAGAAGAAGUACAUGGAGGAACUUAAGAACAAAGCAGAGUCUAAAGAUGAAGAAGGAAAGAAGGCCCCGGUGGUUGGAGAGACUGGAGAUGCGGUAAAGAAUGUUACCAAAAAUAGAACAUCUACCUCGUCAUCAACGGAACAGGAUCUGGAUACAUUCCUCCUGGGAGAUCUGGAGGACAGUGAUGGAGGACCUGAUGACGGCGAUGAAAGCCUGGAUGACGAUUUUGACAAGAUAGGGAACUCCGACGUUGAAGAUGAGAAGCAUUCUCCCAAAGCCGCAGCAAACUAGAAUUGCGUUUAGUGGUGACACCAUAUUUGGAAGUAUAUGAAAGGAAGGUUCUGCUUUGAUGAUGAUGAUGAUGAUGAUGAUGAUGAUGACGAUGAUGAUGAUAGAUGAAACGAUGGGAUGAAACGAUGGGAUUCUCCAUCUCAUCAUCAGUCACCAAAAUGUAUAGGUUUGUGUUUACAGCAAAUUCAAGACAUUGCAUUCAUUAGUUUCAUUUCAUUUAGCGGAUUAUAAAAUGAAGACAGACUAUAUCUAUAUGUCUGUUAUAUAACUCCAGUUUUGCUUCAUGAUGUUUUUUUUUUGUAUGAAUGUGAA